UACUGCGUUUUGGAUUAUUGGAACGUAUAGACUAAAGUUUGCAUGUCUUGUAAAAAGGGAGAAAACGUGUUUUAAAAAAGUAUAUCUACAAUGUCCCAGAGACCAUCGACGUCGAAGCAGAAAUGCUCGCCCCCAGGCGAAGCUUCGCUAUCGCUGCAGAUGAAGCAGAAUGCUCAGAAAAUGAACGAUUUGGUGGAGGAGCUACAACAGGAGAACUCUGUGCGGAACCGGCUGCCGGAGCACCCCAACGCCCAGAUGGAGCAGUUUAACCGGGAGCGCGAGGGCAUUCUUCUGCAGCUGCAACAGGAAAUGUCGAACUAUGUGACUAUCCAGGAGAAGUUUCAGGAGCAGGAGCAGUCUAUGCAGUUAAUAAUCCAAGAACUGGAGUGCGAGCGCCUGGCCUUGCUAGACGAGCUAGCGGUUAACGAAGUCAUGAGCGCGGACAGCAUUGACGACAUGAGCGACGAGCUGAAUGAGCUAAAUAACAAGCUGAAUGGGAUCUCUGAAGAAACCACAUGCAGCAUCUGCUUGUCCCCGUGGCAGGCUGAAGGCGGACAUCGCGUGGUGUCCCUGCGUUGCGGCCAUCUCUUUGGGAGCAGUUGCAUCCGCAGGGCUCUGCGUCAUUCGCGUCAGUGCCCGAUCUGUAUGAAACGGUGUCAUCCUGCUGACGUGCGAAAGAUCCACGGCUGCUCUGCUUUGACAAAUUGAAAAUUCACUCCGACAAUUUAAAUUAUGAAUCUGAAUUGCAUUUCGGUUGUCGUACGGUUAUUUUUUAUUUUUUAACCUACGAAUGAAAUAGAAUUUCAUAACUGGCAACCAAAACUCUAAUUUUUAAAGUUACACAUUCUUUGUAGCCAAACUUUUUGAAUACAAUGAGGCGUGUAACCGAA